AUGAACAACCUUGAACCUGAACUCUUUGCUCACUACAAGCAACUCCAAAAGGAAGAGCCUCUCCUCAAGGAGAAUCCACAUCGUUUCGUUCUAUUCCCAAUCGAAUAUGCAAAGGUCUGGGAAAUGUACAAGAAGGCCCUUGCCAGCUUUUGGACUGCUGAGGAAGUUGAUCUCCAUACCGACAUUGCUCAAUGGGACACUCUCAAUGGCAAUGAGCAACACUUCAUCAAGACAGUAUUGGCUUUCUUUGCUGCCUCCGAUGGUAUUGUGAAUGAGAACUUGUGCCAACAAUUCAUGGCAGAAGUCCAACUUCCAGAAGCAAGAUGUUUCUAUGGCUUCCAAAUUGCCAUUGAGAACAUUCACGCUGAGAUGUACUCGACUUUGAUUGAAACUUAUAUCAAGGACACUAGAGAAAGACAUCGUCUCUUCAACGCCAUUGAUACAGUUCCAUCUGUUCAAAAGAAGGCUCGUUGGGCUCUGAAAUGGAUCAACUCUGACAACUUGUUCGCUGAACGAUUGAUUGCUUUUGCUUGUGUGGAAGGAAUCUUCUUCAGUGGUUCAUUCUGUUCCAUCUUUUGGAUGAAGAAGAGAGGUUUGAUGCCUGGAUUGACCUUUUCUAAUGAAUUGAUUUCUAGAGAUGAGGGAUUGCAUACUGACUUUGCUUGUCUCUUGUAUUCCAUGCUCAAAUAUACCAAAUUGCCACAAAAGGUUAUUCACUCAUUGGUCAGUGAAGCUGUCGAGAUUGAGAAGGAAUUUAUUAGAGAAUCUCUGCCUGUGGACUUGAUUGGUAUGAACUCUCGCCUCAUGCAACAAUACAUUGAAUUUGUUGCUGAUCGAUUACUCGUCUCUAUUGGUUACGAUAAGAUUUACAUGGUACAAAACCCAUUCGAUUGGAUGAACAUGAUUUCAGUGUCUGGUAAGACCAACUUCUUUGAGAAGAGAGUCGGUGAAUACGCCAAGGCAAACAUUAUGUCGCCAAAGAGAGAGAAAGUCUUUAGAUUGGACGAUGAUUUUUAA